CAAAUCAAUCGGAGGAUCACUUUUGACAGCCUUUCUUCUUGUUACCUCCCAACAUAACCAUGCAGGCAAGCUGUCUGGCACAACGGGGUCUGAUGAACCCACGGAUCACCAGUGGAAGGAGCCUCGUCUGCCACCAUGCCUUUUCUGCUCAGAGGACCAGAUCCAUUCUUCUGAGCAAGAAACCAUUAACUCAUAGCAGUCCAUAUACUCGCUUAUUCUCUUCUAUCACCGCAUUUGGUCGACCUUCCAAACGUCAGCUUCUUUGCAGAUUGGCCCCGGGCUUAUGGAUGUAUAAUAACGGUGGUCUCUAUGGAAGUGAGGCUGCUGUUGCUGUUAAUCAAACCACGCAACAUAUGAUUAUGAAUCGAUGCGGGACUGCUACUGCUUCUGCUGGCCUCAGUUCGACUGCGUUUGUAGGUGCAACGGGCAGUGCAACAAUAGAGUCAAAAGGCGCAUGUGAGUUGAUAGGUCGUCUGAGCCAACGAAUGGUCAGAGGUACAGCACAGAUCGUAUCAAAGCCUCAGCCCUGGAAGAGAACAAAAGAGACUACGACUUUGUUGGAUAUGGAAAUUCAUAGCUUCUCCAAUUUACAUUCACGCUCUCGACAACACCAAAACUUAAAAGGGCUACAAUCCUCUUUUGGACAUGCUUCAGACACAAUGAUAGGAACAGGAUCAGCAUCAGCACCAGCAUCAAUAUGUGUUAGGUCAGCCCACCCAAUUGCAAUGACACGUACCAGUUUUGCACCCUCCUCAAUCUCUCGUACUCAUCAUGCUGUUAAAAGCAAAAAUCAAGGGAUCAGGCGCUACUAUAUGUCAGAUACACUGAGGGGAAAUUCAGACUCUGCUUCCCGACAGAAUGCAUUGGUCAAAUACACACCCCCUGUGGUUGGGCCUUUGGAUCGUGUUGGACGAGCCAAGCUGCUUUCUGCAGCCCCUAAUUUUCUAGAACGUCUCAAGAUUCGUUUAAAGCUACUGCUGAUGCGUCAAAUCCGACCAUGGCGUGUGGACGACUUCAUUGCAGUGUUUUCAUGGGCCUUCCUGGCGAAUGUGGCAUUUGUGCUGUUGGGCACGACUACUUUCUUUAGCUUGUUGCUUGCUGCAGCGAAUAGCUUACAAUUCCAAGGAUUUGUGGCAUCCAAGAUUAGCGAUUAUCUUACAGCAUCAACGGGAGUCAAAGUCAAGUUUGAAGCUGCUAUUGUCCCCAAUUGGAAGGAUGGGCGUAUCACUCUCCGGAACGUAGUCAUGUCAAAACGAGCAGAACAACCCAAUAAGGAUAAUCUAUUAAGUCACAAAGGAGAAGAUCAUUCAGGCCAUGGACAUGAGCACGAUCAUGAUGGGACGGACGAGCAUGCUCAAAUAACUGAAGAGGACGUCGAUACGAACUUUACCAUGUUUGAUGUGACCAUCGAUCAAAUUGAUGUCACACUCUCUGCUAAACGAUGGCUUGACGGCAAAGGGCUGAUCGAAGAUGCCUCCAUCAAGGGUGUUCGUGGAGUCAUUGAUCGCACUCAUGUUUGGUGGGAUCCUGAUGUCGAAUACAUCCCAGAGCUAUCUAGGAGAAAACAUGUCCCUGGAGACUUUGAACUCGAAUCACUUCAGCUUGAGGAUAUGCUUGUGACGGUUCUUCAGCCAGAUAACUUCCGUCCCUAUACUGUGUCGAUAUACUCUGCUCAGUUUCCAAAGUUUCGGAAGCAAUGGCUAUUUUACGACUUGUUAUGUGCAGAGUCCAUGGUUGGCAUGUUUGAUGGCUGCCUCUUUAGCUGCUACACUGCACAGCGUGAGAGCACUGACAACCAGACUGAUGCUAAAUGGAAAAGGUCAACUCGAUUUAAAAUUGAUGAUGUCAAAAUCGAUCAUUUGAACGCUGGGGUGGAAGGGCCCUUUGGAUGGAUUUAUUCUGGCACUGUAGACAUCACCUGUGAUGUAAAGAUUCCAAAUGAACCGAGAGAGGAUGCACUGCGCAAGCUAGUGAAUGAUAUUGUCGAUAAGAUUGAUGAAGUGGUUGAUUUUGCACCACUUCCAGUUGUCUUUGGGACGGGCGCCGUCGGCGGAAAAGAAAUUGUGAUGUAUCCAAACCGUGCUGCUGCUGCCUUGCAUGAAAAGAUGAUGGAGGAAGAAGAAGAGCAGCGGCGACUAGCUCAGCAGCAACAACAAAUCCUCCAACGGCAACAGCAGCAGCAGCAGCAACAACAACGACAGCACGGACAGAAUUCUGAGCAUAAACAAGAGCAUAUGAGGCUACAUCAAGAAAACCGGUAUCAAUAUUGGCAACAGCAACAGCAAAUUGAGCAGCAGCUUCGGCAAUUCCAACAGCAGCAAGAGCAACAGCAUCAGCAACAAAUGUCCAAAUUCAACACACCAACUUCAAGAGCCAGUUUUGUAAGAUCAUCCAAGAAAAAGCCUGCACUGGUGAUGGAUUUUGAAUUUCGUUUCAAUGAUACCAAGGCGUCUAUCCCUUUGAAAACAGAGAGUUUGUCCUAUUUGUCCAACGCCGCUAUCCGUCCUAUUGUUGCGUUCAUGAACAGUAACCGCACAGUUACACCUAUCCGAUGCCGUGUCGAAAUGGACUUGUCUGAAUUCGAUGGCUCAUGGACAAUCUAUGACUCUAAUUUGAUGACAAAUCUGUCGACAGAACUUGGUAAAGCAUGGGUUAGCCUUGUAGCGAAUGAGCGAGAACGAAAUCGCAAGUUGAAGAGGGUUGGUCUUUGGGGUCUUCAGUCGAUGACCCGUAAUAUUGUUAACGUGUACGACUAUGCGCGAGGUAGCAGAGGGUUCUGGCAUUACAUUGGCACACACACCGUAUAACACAUGAUUAAGCAAGCAAGCCAAACCCAGCAGCGGAUAAAAUUCAUCUUUACGCUUCCCAACGCCCGUCGGGACCGUUAACCAGCUAACUAUUGCCUCU